AUGAGUUAAGCUUUUAGAAACCCAUAAGAUGGGUAAAAUUAUAAUAGGAAUCAUUAAGGAGCUGGUCCUUAGCAAAAAUAAAAAUAAAUUAAAAUCGACCCUAAUGAUUUAGAACUCAUGUCAAUAAGCAAAUGGAAUAAGUUAAGAUAAGAUGUAAAAAUUAGACCUGCAUACUCACUAAGAAUCACAAAUCCUAAUAGGGAAUCCGAUUGUUACAGACUUACUCCUAAAGGAUUAGAUGGUUUAAAUUAUUCACCUAAGUCAAGAGAGACGAAAAGGUUGGCCAUAAAAUUUAAUUUCUCAUUUUAUUCGAAUUAACUCAAAGAAUUCUUUGGUCGUUCUUACCUUACUGGAGCUUAUGGACUUAGGUCUGAAUAAUAGGGAUACAAUUAUUAAUUUGAAUAUUCCCAUCCUUUCAGUUUAUUUUUCCACACACAGCUUGAAAAAUCAGCUGCUACUUUGAUUAUUUUUGAGGCAUAUAUCUUAGAAAUAGGAAAUCAUGAUAUUAUAUUAAGUACUUUUUCUUGUGGUGUUGGUGAAAUCAACAUUAACAACUUGCUAAAAGAACCUUAAUCUGUGGCUUUAAAAAAUAAUACGAUGAGAGGAUAUGUCAGCAAAGCUUCAACUGAGGAAUAGAGAAUUGCUAAUACAUCUAUUAGAUUUAAUUUCAUUUUAGAUUAUUUCCCUUUACUAUAAAAAAUAAAACAUCUCUUUCCAGAGAGUGUGUUAGUUUCUACUAAUGACCCUAUUCCUGGAUUAGCAGAAUAAUGGCUAGAUACAAAAUUUUAAGAAAAUUAAACUCUUAAAAUAGAUCAAGUGUUUGAGAUUAUGAUGGAUCUGCUUCCUACUUAUAAAUUAUAUCUCGUAAAUGUAUAAAUCUUAAUUAGAGAUAAUGUUGAAAAAGAGUUAGUUAGGCAAGUUUAACAAUUCUUAGAAGUAUCAAAAUCAAUCAAUAAUAAAGUCAUUUUCAAAGAAAAAAAACUUAUUUGUGGUUUUCAUAACGGUUGGGAUUUUGUCAAUAGAGGUGGAGGCUCAAAUAGAGUUACUUUAAAGCAAUAAAUUAAAGAAGUCAUAAAAAAUAAAGACGGAUAAGACUCUAAUGUUAUCAGCUUAGAAUAUAGUGGUAUGCAUGAAAUCGACAACGUUUUUGAUUCUGAUUAAAGUUGUAUUGUUCUUUAAUUAGAGUAUGAUAUAGAGUAUGUUGCUUAAGCAAGGUAAAUUGCUACAAGGGUUAUAAGCUGGCUCCCAAUAUCUGUGUCUGGAAAAUUAUAAUCUUAAUCUGAGUUAAUUGUGCAAGAAGUUAUGCUUCAUGGACCAGGAAAGAGUGUUGAUGGAUAAAAAAUGAUAUCUCUCCCUUUUAGAGAAGAGUUUGAGAUUUAAGUAUCUGCUGGAUUUAGAGUUGUUCCACCAGGAACUAAUGAGAAUAAUCUUUAUGAAGAAAUUCAAAAAGCAAGAGUUGUAUAGUAAGAUUACAGAAGUUAGUAAAUGCAAUCAUAAUAGGAUUAGAGCAGAUAGCCUGGAUAGCCUGUACAUUAAGCAAAACCUUUACCUUUUCCUCAAUAGCAGUUAAAUAGAAUGCCAACAGGGGCAGAUUUAUAACUUUAGAUGUUAGACUAAUAGUUGAUGAAUGAAAGGAGAAGAUUGGAGCAGAUUAAUGAUUAAAUUUUAUAAAGAAGGCAGUUGUAGAAUGCAGGUGGAGCACCUUUCAAUAUUUAAGAUUAUCAAUAGAUAACUUGGGAACCAAGAAACGAGUAAGAGCGUUACUUAAAGUAACUUUAGUAAUAAGAAAUGAUGAUGAAGUAGUAAAUAGAGUAAUUUUAGAGAGAAAGAGAUUAAAUAUAAAUGGGUCUUACAUAGGAAUACAAAAUGAUGAGAGAAGAACUUGUUAAAACAAGAUAAAGUGCAAGUGCCCCUGGCUUUUAUAAAAAAGCAACUAAAAUUUAACCUGUUAGAUAAUCUCCUUAAAAAUAGUAGGGAGGCUAUAACUAUGAAAAUGAUUUAGAUGAGGAUGAAAUCAUUGAAGGAAGAUAACUAGACUUUAAUCCUAUAAGAUCUUAAGUAACAUACUAAGGAGAAAAAGAUUAACCCCUCAUUAUCCACCUUAAUUAACCCAUGUACGGUAAAAGAGAAUUAUCUUAAAAAGAUAAACUCGAGUUAAUUAAUUAAGGAGUUACUGGAUUACUCGAUGAUAUCCCACCUAUGAAUACUAAGGAAUAAUAUGCUGAUGAAAAAACUAUUUUAGAAGAAGAUAUGAAAGAUUAAUUAAAAGCUUAAACUGUCAUAUUUAGAAUAUUUUCCAUUAAACCUGAUAUUUAUUAGGGUCUUCCAAAGAGAAUGUUUUUAACAUUUAAUUUUUUUGAUUUUCCUAAAUAUAAAACUGAGAGCUUUUCUUAUGAAUCAAAAGAUGACUAAAAUGCUAUUUUAAAAAUGAUUGAGAAUAAGUCACCUCUUCUUGUUUAUAGAGAAGCUUUCUUUAAAGGUGAAGAAGAGAAGUUCAUGUCAUUCAAAUUUGAUAUUGAUCCCUCUAAAUCAAAAUACAAUGACUUGUUUAAAGACUUUAUAAAAUACCUUAUAAAAAAAUAACUUCAUGUUGACAUUUGGGAUGCUGAUACUCAAAUGCUCUAUGGAUCUUUUAAAAUACCUUUGCAUAAAAUUAGGAGAUAAGGACAAAAUAAAAAGACUACUCAACUAGAUCUCGAUAUUGUUAACCCUAAUUUUGUAGGUUAUAGGGGUUCAAUUCAGAUAUAAAUUGAUAAUAUAGGAAAAGAAGAGGCUUUCCCUAAUAAAAGAAAAGAUUAAGAAUAUGAGAAUAAAAUAAAUUCUGUAAAUUAAUGGUAGAAUAAGUAAACUGAUAAGAUAAAGGUAAUCUCUGAUUCACAGAUAACAAUUCCUAUAAAUUAUAUAAAGAAUCAAAGAACUAAUAAUGCUUCAAAAGUUUCUAAACUAGAUGAUUAAAAUAAUGCUGAUGCAGGUGUAAGAUCAGAUGAGUAAGUUAGAAAGGUUGAGAGAGUAAAAAGGUUCAAGAAUAAUACUCUUAACUAAGCUGCUAUGUUAUUUAAUGAAGAUGACUAAACUAUGUUAAAUAAAAUAUCUCUUGGCUAUGAUAUCAGCAAAAUCAAAGAACUAUCAUAACACAGAAUCACGCAAAUAGAUGAGAUAAAAAGCAAGAAAAAACCAGAUUUUGUUAAGAGUGUUAUUAGCAAAUUCUUAAAUGAAGAGAAAGUAUUAUCAGUUUCAUAUGGAAGAUAGGAAAUAGUUCCUUAUUUAUUACAAAAUCCUACAGCCACAAUUUAAACUUUCUCAAUUAUAAUUGAAGAUGCAGAUGAAGACAUCUUAAAUCAUAGUGAGUUUGAACCCGUUACUGAUUCAACUGAAUGGAAGUACUGGAUUUCAGCACUUAAUUUGACAGAGUUACCAUCUUAUGAUAUUAUUCAAGGAAAUACUUUGGUUUUAGAGCCCAACUAAAAAGUGCACGUUUUAUUUAAAUUUAUGACAUAUAGAAAUAUUGAUCCCUAGCUAAAAGAUAAAUAGGAUGCAGAAAGAAUUUCAUAGCAAAGAGAUGCUGAAUAUAGAUAAAAGCACAUCAAUCCGAGAUCAAUUAAUGUAUUUUUUAGCUUGAAACAGCAAACUAUUGUUGGGGGUUUUAGAAUAAAAGUAGAGCCUCAUCAAUAGAUUAUAGAUCACAUAUUCAGAUACUAUGAAAGAGCAACAAAAACUGUUAAUAUUACACUUCCUCCUUUAUAUUUAAAAGACUAAGCGCCAAUGCUAAAACCUACUUUGCAUGUAACAGAUAAUAAAGUUGCAGUUGAAUGGGUUAACGAGCAAGAAAUAGCUAUUUAUACUAAAAUGCCUAACAUUUCAAAAAUAAUGAGAUUUAAUAUUUUAGUGUAUAACUCUGACCUUCGCUCUAAUUUAUUGUCUAAUAUUCAAGUAGAACUACAUGGACUCGAAGGGGUUGAUGUUCAUGUAAAUAUGGGUCAGACAACAUAAUUCAAAUUAAACUUACCUGGAGAUAUCCCAAGAGUAGUAUAAUUAUACAGUUCGAUGACCAAUAUUCUUUGGUUUAGCUCUCCAUACGACACAACUUUUACUUUACCACCAGGAAAAAUAACAUAAAUAGAAACAGCUGUCAAAUCGCUAUCAACAGGAUCUUAAAGAAUCUAAGUAAAUGCCGUUGAUGUUCAUUCAAACGAACUUAUACACUCUUGGAUAGUCCGUAUAGAGACAGAUAUUCCAAAACCCAAUAAAGUUUUUGAAUUAACUGCAACUGCGUUAAAAGAGUCUAUUUAAGUAUUUGAAUAUAGAAAUAAGUCUCAAAAGACUAAAACUUUCUAGUUCUUAUCCUCAGAUCCAUCAAUUUUAGAAGUUUUGGACCCCUCUAAACAAAUUCUUGGUAAUAGCGGAGAAGAAAUAGCUGUUAGAGUCGUUCCUAGAGAAUACAAAGCUCCUGAAGCCCAAGUUAUUAUAUUCGCUUCAGAUUACGAUGAGACUGUCUUUGAUACAAUGAAAUUCAGGAUAAGGUAUAUUUUUAAUGAUGAAGCACAAAGCUUGCAAGCCUUUAAUAGGCUAAAGUAGCAAAAAGAUAUGAUUUUGCAGUAAUAAGCACAAUAAUCCAUGAACUUAGAAGAUUAAUAACAUUAGAUUGGUUAUUAAUCAGGAAAUAAUUUUUAUAAUAAUAACGAUCCUUACUACUAGUCAAGUUCAAACUGGUAAAAUGAUGAUGGAUAUGGAAAUCAAGGAAAUUAUUAACCAAAUGAUAGUAGAUAUGGAUAAAAUAGCUUUUAUAACGACGGGAGAAGAUAGAACAAUUACGAAGAUAACAGAAGGUAUUAAGGAAAUUACUAAGAUUAUGGGUAAAAUAAUAAUUAAUACAAUUAUCAAUAAAACUAUGAUGAAAAUCCAAAAAGAAGAGGAAAUUCCAAUUAAAAUUAUGACAACUAAUACCAAGAUUAUGGAAGAAACCAACCAAGUCUUUAAAGAGGAGGUGCUAGUAAUUAUGAUGAUUACAAUGCUAGAUAAGGAAACAAUAAUAAUAACUAUGAUUAAUAUAAUUAAGGAUAGCAGAAUCGCUAAAACAAAAAGGUGAAAUUUGACUAAUAGUAAAAUUAUAAUAAUUAUGGAAGAAAUAACUAUAAUUAAUAUUGA